UUGUUCCGAAGGCGGAGAGGAUGUCACGUCACAAGAUUUCCGCAACGCGUCGGUUUUUCCCUGGGAAGAUGGCGACGGUCACAACAGCCACCUCAGAAUGGAUCCAGUUCUUCAAAGAUGCUGGGAUCCCUCCUGGACUGGCCGUCAACUACGCAGUGUCGUUUGUUGAUAACAGGAUUCAGAAAAGCAUGCUCAUGGACCUCAGUAAGGAAAUAAUGAUGGACUUGGGAAUUACAGUCAUCGGGGACAUCAUAGCCAUUCUCAAACAUGCAAAGCAUGUGUAUAGACAGGAUAUGUGUAAAACGACAACCGAGGCCAUUUCAUCUGGACAGACUAGUGUACAGGCUGAACUGAGACGUACUGCUAACACUCCUGCCACACGCAUGAUCGCCAAUGCUCUGAGCCGGGACUCCCCACCAAGCACGCCUGCUCGGCGCCCUGACAACCAAAUUUCAGUAACGGUCUCCAACGCCAGUGCCAAAACAGUGCCCAGCAAGCCAGCAGAAGAAAAUGGGUUGCAAGUGAAGCGCCGGAAAGUCACAAGAGAAAUGGAGGGGAAAUAUAUCAUAAACAUGCCAAAAGGCACAACAGCUCGCACUCGGCGCAUCCUGGCACAGCAGGCAAAGAAAGCUAAGGUUUUAGAGCGUACUUCAGUGUUUGAUAGACUUGGGGCAGAGUCAAAGGGAGACACCACCUCAGCCAAUAAGCAGGCAACAGGUGUGUUUAGCCGACUGGGUGAAGCAGAGGAAGAUGAAGAGGGUGGAGGACAGACAGAUGGUGUUGCAGACGCUUUCGAGGACAAUGACAGCGACGGUGAGGGCUCGGUGCUGCAGUAUGCCGGCGUCCUCAAACGACCCCCACCCACUUCUAAUAAAGAGACUGUAACCGCCAAAUCUAAACCCCUCACUCUGCGUCGACUAGGCGCAAAGUACAAACUCCCCUUAUCUGAAGGCACACCACCAAUCUCCUCCUCUACCUCCUCCUCCAGCCAGAAGGGGACACCCAAACUGGGUGUACUGCAGAGACUGGGCAAGGCCCCGUCAGUCCACCCUACCUCUUCGACCCCUCUAGUCAGUCAGCCCGCAGACACCCAGGACAGUCAUGUUACGAGUAGCAGAAGCAAAGCCCAGGGCAGCUUUGCUCUGGCCAGCCCUAAGGUCAGUAGUAGCACAGGCGACACUCACGGGGCUCAGAUGGACGCUGGGGCAGUCAGUGUAUUCAAGAGACUGGGUGCCCGGAAAACCUAAUACCCAAAAAACUGAAAGGCACCCCUUUUUAUCCAGUUUGCCCAUUUUAUAACUUAAAACCCACCUGAAUUUCCAUUUGAGUGGAGAAACUCUAGGACCACACUUGAUGGAUUGGGAAGUCGAAAUGCUGUACCUCAUGGAGUGUUAUGAAUUGAUGAUACUAGGGGAAAAAAGGGACAGCUGCAAUAUCUGUUAAAUGUCAGUGUGGACAUACCUGUUGUCCUUAUGUUUGGUUAUAGGAAUCAUGCUCUAUCCCCCUAUCCUACUUUUAUAGCUGCUCUCCUGUGCCCCUGUGAGUGAAACAUUUUUCCAGAUUAAAGGGGGGUUUGUAAUAAAGAUUUUAUAAUGCAUGGCGCCCAGCAUCAAAUGUUCGAAAUGUCAAGGUUUUUUUUUCCCACUACGGUAGCCAAGAGACUUAAGUAAAAGCAUGUGCUAUGUUUACCACAAACACUGCAGCAUACCAAUUCCUCUAUGAAGUAAUCUCAUGUUCUUACCUCCUAGUUUUUAAAGGGAUAGUUCACAAAAAAAUGUGAAUUGUCAUCAUAUACUCACCUUCAUGUCAUUCCGAAAAUGUAUGAUUUUCUUUCUUCUGUGGAAUUGAUUUUUGAUAAAUGGAUGUCAAUGGGCACCAGAAUGAUUUGGUUUUCAAUAUUCUUCAAAAUAUCAUUUGUGUUCUGCAGAAGAAAAUAAUCAUACAGUUUUGGACAAGCGGAGGAGUAAAUGGUGACUUUAUUUUUUGCGUGAACUAUUCCUUUCACUUCACAGGAUUUUUAUAAUAAAGAAAAAGCCUUAUGUUUGCUUAAAACUGCACACAUGAGCAUUUCCAUUAAUGCCCCUUAACCUGCGGUCACACUAGACUUUUAGA